UGAUCAAGCAAGGCGCCGAGGCGGUGAGACCGAGUGUCUUUGGGGCUGGCUGCUCGAGGCUGGCUCGCUUGGUUGAUCCAGCAGAUCCGCUCACACCCACAUAAUCUGUCUGCUGCCCAGCGGGUCUACCGAAUGCCCUUCAUCGGAGGUGAUGCCAUCGUCAAAGAGCGCUUCAAAAAGUCUUACCGCCAUCCGCUACUGGACGAGCGGCUGACCAGCAGAAGAGUCACCCAAGAGGCCCGCUGUCUUCUGCGCUGCAAGAAAGCCGGCAUCGAUACUCCGACGCUGCUGAUGCUGGAUGUCGAGAAUGCCCUGAUCUACAUGGAGUACAUUGACGGGCCGUCGUUGCGCGACCAUCUGAAUGAGCUGCUGAGGAGCCAUGGAGACUACAAUGACAUUGCCACAGGACUGGGCUCGAUCCUGGCAUCGAUGCACGAUCUCGACAUCAUCCACGGCGACCUCACAACCUCCAACAUCCUUGUUCGCAGAUCAAGCCAGUCUUUGGUGCUCAUCGACUUUGGUCUCGGAUAUGUAUCCGGCAUGACUGAAGAUAAGGCCGUCGAUCUUUACGUCCUUGAGCGUGCCUUUUUGAGCACCCAUCCCAAUACGGAGAAGCUGUUCCAAGGCGUGCUCGAUGCCUACGGCAAGAAUUCCAAGGACAGCAAGGCCACUCUCAAGAAGCUGGAAGAGGUCCGAAGGCGUGGUCGCAAGCGCUCGCAAAUUGGCUAGAGACCUUUCGAUGCUUGCCUCACUCACCACGGCUGCCGUUUCCGCAACCCAGUGACAACUACCCAGCAACAACUACCCAGCAACAUUUACCCAGUGACAACCACCCGGUUCAAUAGACA